GCCCCAUCGCUGAUUCCAACCACCCAUUGAUCCCCAUCUUUUUCUCCAUUUCAAUGUGGCAAUUCAGAAUAUUUGACCGAACCAUUUGAUCGCCAUGGAACGACGUGGGAGGACAACCUUGGCACUCCUCGCCGCUCUCCUGUUUGUCUUCACCGCCGGCUUCCUGCUGCGGCCGGGCCGCGAGGCCAACCAGCACCUCAACGUCGAGCCGGCACCGCCGGCACGCUUCAGGGCACCGAGGCAGAAUGUCUGGUCCGACCUCAGCCGGGGGGAGGCCGAGGACGUAUACGGCUUCCUGUCGAGAGAGUGGUCCGACCUCAACCUGACCAAGACGCCAAGGAGCGUCGCGGACAACUUCAUCGUCUCGGUCGAGACACUGCAGCCAAACAAGUCCCGCGCCCUCCCGUACAUCCUCGGGGACGGCACCAAGCCAGACCGGUGGGCCAAGGUGGUGCUGUCCCACAUGACAGAGGAACAAGGAUCCCUCCUCAGCUACUACGCCGUCGGGCCCCUCCCCGUCUCGGCCAACACGACGACCGUCCAGCCGCUGACCUACCCCUUCAACUCGGGCCCGGGCCGCCACUCGGUCCCCAACCUGAUGGCCGACUUCGCGGGCAGCUCGGCCUUCGCGCUGUCGCUGGCGGAGAACAUCUCGGACAUCACGGCCUCACUGCUCGGCGCCACGGUGAACAGGGAGGACCCCUUCGACCCGGACAACCUGGAGGCGUUCCCGCGGUUCGUCCGCCUGGCGCCGGACCUGGUCGUCGGGUGGAUCCAGUUCUUCCGGCCCGGCAUGGGCAGCUCGGGGCGCACGCUGCUGCCGCAGGGCCUGUACGUGCGGGUCGACGCCAGCAGGGAGGUCAGCGAGUGGACGGCCGGGGAGUGGUUCUACAACGGGCAGAUGUUCGGCAGCGCGGAGGAGCUGCGCGCCGCGAUGCGCGACCCCGACGGCAGCGGGUUCGUGCGGACGCCGCCGAACCUGGACGGCGGGGGGUGGACGGACACGGAGGACUUUGACGCCCAUCCCGCGGGGCGCGAGCUGCCGCCGCCCGUGUCGAUCCAGCCGCUGGGGCCGCGGUACAGGCUCGACAGGGCCGAGAGGUUCGUGUCGUGGUUCGGGUUCGAGUUCUACCUGACCAGCACGCAGGCGACGGGGGUCGGCGUGUUCGACAUACGCUUCCGGGGCGAGCGGGUCAUGUACGAGCUCAGCCUGCAGGAGGCGCUGGCGCACUACGCGGGCGACGACCCGAUGUCGGGCGGGCAGGAGUUCCUGGACGCCUUCUUCGGCAUGGGCACCAUGGCCUUCGAGCUGGUGCCGGGCUACGACUGCCCGGGGUACGCUGACUACCUCGACACGGAGGUGCACCGCGGCGGGCGGACCGAGAGGCUGCCCGGCAACGUGUGCGUGUUCGAGUUCACGGCGGACCACCUCCUCUCGCGGCAUACGGCGCAGUACUCGGUGACGGCGUCGCGCAACACGUACCUGACGGUGCGGUCCGUGUCGACGGUCGGCAACUACGACUACACGGUCGACUACGUCUUCUACCUCGACGGCGCGGUCGAGGUCAAGGUGCGCGCGUCGGGGUACAUAUACGGGGCGUUUUAUGCCCACAACCCGUCCCUCAACAGGACGGAGGACGAGUACGGCCACCGCGUGCACGACGCCCUGCAGUCCUCGCUGCACGACCACGUCAUCAGCUUCAAGGCCGACCUCGACGUCGCCGGGACGGCAAACGACAUGGUCCGGCUGGCCGUCGAGCCCACCACGGCCAGCUACCCAUGGGACCAGCCGUACGUGAAGCAGCGCAACACGAUGCACCUCGUCGAGUACCCCGUGACGCACGAGGCCGGGCUGGACUGGCCGCCCAACUCGGGCGAGUUCCUCCUCGUCUACUCGGCCGACAAGACAAACGCGUGGGGCGAGCGCAAGGGCUACCGGAUCGCCCCGGGGACGGGCAUGGGCAACACGCCGCACCUGACGGUGCGCAACUCGACGGCGCUGGGGCCCAGCGCGCGGUGGGCCGAGCACGACGUGUGGGUGGUGCGGCACAAGGACGCCGAGCCGCGGGCCGCGGACCCGACGGCGUGGCUGGACACGCUGGACCCGCUGGUGGACUUUGGCAAGAUCGCGGACGGGGAGGGGCUGGACCACGGCGACGAGGAGGGAUAUGACGGCGACCUCGUGGUGUACUUCAACGUCGGCAGCCACCACGUGCCGCACGCCGGCGACAUCCCCAACACGCUCAUGCACACGAGCGCGUCGGGCGUCAUGUUUGUGCCGCACAACUUUGCCGACCGCGACCCCAGCCGCGAGGGCGUGCAGGGCGUGAGGCUGCAGCUGAAGGGCACGCGGAGCGGCGGGUUUGCGGGGUUCCCUGCCCCUGACGAUGAGAGGGAUGAGCAGUCGGGCACGGAGGACCUGAGGAGUCGUGAGGAGAAGAAGAGGGGGGACAAGGGCGGGUACAAGAUGCGCGAGGGGGCGAAUUACUUUGGCACGCCUUAUACCGAGGGGGUCAACGUGCCUCUUGAGGCGCUGGAGCCGGACCUGGAGAGGAGGUAUGAGAGUGAGGAGAUCCGGGUUACUGAUCUGGGGUUGAAUGGCAGUGCAGCGGGGGUCUGGUUUCCUUGAGGAGUAUUUUGAGUCAGUCUCUGACGGCAAAGGUGAAGGUGGUGAGUGAGCCUGUCACAGGAUCCAGACUAUAACCACUUCCGGGCCAGCAUCUUAUGGAUACAAACAGUGGAGUAUAUUAGAGACAGCCUCGUAUCAGCUCGCUUUUCCCCAGUCUUUUGCAGACAUUCCGUCGGGUUGAAAGGUC